AUGGAUAAAAAUGGAAUUAAUGUUUCUCAUCCUCAAUAUUAAGAAGAAUUGCCUAAAUUAUUUGUACAUAUUUAAAGUAUUGAAAAGGAAUGUGAUGAUUUAAUUAAUAGGAUGAAUAUAUAAAUGGAUUUACUUUAACAAGAGUUCUAUUUAUUAAUUGGGGGAAUAAUUUCGAAAUAUCAAAUAUCUAAACAGUAGUUCUUAAAUUUAAAUUCUUAAUAAAUGAAUUCUUACUUAGAAUAAAGUGUACAUUUUAGAUCAUUUGAAUUUAAAAUCAACUAAUUAUUAUAACAAUUCAAAAAUGAAUUCUAAUUCUAAAUAUAAAAGUUAUUGUAUGAAUUAUCAUUAUAUUUCAAUUGA